AUGAACAGCGGUGUUCUCUCAGUAAAGAUGUGGCUCUGUGUGUUUCUGCUCUACUCUGUGCUGCAGGAAUCUUCAGGCUGCACUGUAGAGCGAGGUUUGGGAGACACCAUCACCAGAUCUGCUGGAGAUUCUGUGGAGCUGCCGUGCUCCUGCACACAACAAACAAAGGAAGAUCCUCAGACAGUUCAGUGGGGAUUUAAGAGAAGGUUCACACCAGGCGACUACAGAGCUGAUCACUCAGUGUUUCCAGAGGACGGCAGUCAGAAUCGGCGCUACAGAGGCAGAGUUCAGAUACUGAAUCAGAAUAAACCAGGAACUGUAGCUCUAAUCAUCUCCCACCUCACUGAGGAAGAUGAAGGAGCGUAUCUGUGUGGAAACAACGGGAAAUAUAACAGGGCCGUCUUUCUCCAAGUCUCCACAGGCUGUGCUGUGCUGAGUGACAGUGAGAGAACGUUCUCCAGAUCUUCAGGAGAGUCUGUUCUGCUGCCCUGUCCCUGUCCCCCAGACCAACACAGGAUCAACCCUGACAGAGUCACAUGGACUAAAGAUCAGACUGCAGUGUCUAAUGAUACAGAAUCCUACAGAGGCAGAGUCUGGAUGUUCAACCAGAACCAUUCCAGAAAUUUCUCUCUCCUCAUCUCAGAUCUGACUAAAGAGGACUCUGGACUCUACACCUGCAGAGCUGAUGAGAAGGACAUGCCAUAUGUCCAGCUGGAUGUCACAGGCUGCACUCUGUCAGAGAAUAAACAGACUGUUCCAGUCAGUAGAUCCUCAGGAGAGUCUGUUCUUCUGUCCUGCACCUGCACUGACCAGCAGGACAGACCUGUGGGAGUUCAGUGGAGAACACCAAACCAGGAAGAUCUCCUUCAGCGCUACAGCGGCCGAGUUCAGACAUUUAACCAGAGCUCUAGAGGAAAUUUCUCUGUACUGAUCUCAGACCUGACUGAAGAGGACGGAGGAACAUAUUCAUGCUGGAUAAACCAGAAUCAGUACAGGAACUUCAGCCUCACUGUUAAAGACUGCAAACUGUCAGAGACUCAGGAGAAAGUCAUUCACAAAUAUCCAGGAGAGUCUGUUCUCCUGCCCUGCGCCUGCUCUGACCAACGCACCACACCUGUAAGUGUGAAAUGGGAGCGUGUGGACUCAGGACGAACUGAGGUAUCCAAUGAGAUGGAGCCCUACAAAGGCAGAGUCCAGAUGUUUAAUAAGAACCUUCCAGCAAAUCUCUCUCUACUGAUCUCCAACCUGACUGAACAAGACCAGGGAACAUUCAGAUGUUCAAUCAACAACAAACACUCCAUCAACAUCACUCUCAACAUUAGAGACUGCACACUGUCAGAGACUCAAGAGAAAGUCAUUCACAAAUAUCCAGGAGAGUCUGUUCUCCUGCCCUGCACCUGCUCUGACCAACGCACCACACCUGUAAGUGUGAAAUGGGAGCAUGUGGACUCAGGAGGGACAGAGGUAUCCAAUAACACGGCAAACUACACAGGGAGAGUCCAGAUGUUUAAUAAGAACGUUCCAGCAAAUCUCUCUCUACUGAUCUCCAACCUGACUGAACAAGACCAGGGAACAUACAGAUGUUCAAUCAACAACAAACAGUCCAUCAACAUCAGACUCAACAUUAAAGACUGCAAACUGUCAGAGACUCAGGAGAAAGACAUUCACAAAUAUCCUGGAGAGUCUGUUCUCCUGCCCUGCACCUGCUCUGACCAACGCACCAUACCUGUAAGUGUGAAAUGGGAGCAUGUAGACUCAGGAGGGACUGAGGUAUCCAAUAAGACGGGAAACUACACAGGCAGAGUCCAGAUGUUUAAUAAGAACCUUCCAGCAAAUCUCUCUCUACUGAUCUCCAACCUGACUGAACAAGACCAGGGAACAUACAGAUGUUUAAUCAACAACAAACAGUCCAUCAACAUCACACUCAACAUUAGAGACUGCAAACUGUCAGAGACUCAAGAGAAAGUCAUUCACAAAUAUCCAGGACAGUCUGUUCUCCUGUCCUGCUCCUGCUCUGACCAACGCACCACACCUGUAAGUGUGAAAUGGGAGCAUGUGGACUCAGGAGGGACUGAGGUGUCCAAUAAGACGGGAAACUACACAGGCAGAGUCCAGAUGUUUAAUAAGAACGUUCCAGCAAAUCUCUCUCUACUGAUCUCCCACCUGACUGAAGAAGACCAAGGAACAUACAGAUGUUCAAUCCACAACAAACAGUCCAUCAACAUCACUCUCAACAUUAAAGGCUGCACACUGUCAGAGACUAAAGACAAACUGGUUUUCAGAUCUCCAGGAGAUUCUGUUCUCCUGCCCUGCUCCUGCACUGACCAACAAACCAAACCUAGAAAUGUGAAAUGGGAGCGUUUAGACUCAGGAGGGACUGAGGUAUUGACGACAAACAACACAGGCAGAGUCCAGAUGUUUAAUAAGAACCUUCCAGCAAAUCUCUCUCUACUGAUCUCCAACCUGACUCAAAAAGACCAGGGAACAUACAGAUGUUCAAUUAACAACAACCAGUCCAUCAACAUCACACUCAAUAUUACAGAAGACACUGGGGAAACCGUAAAACUGGAAUCCUGGACGCUAAUCAUCAUCGUCUGUGCGCUCUUACUGAUCCUGCUCUUACUGCUGGGAGGAGCUGCUUGGAUCUACUGUAAACAUGGAAAAGGAAGAAAAAAGAGUAAGGAAAAAGAAACAGGACAGAGAAGAAACGAGGAUGACAUAAUAUCCUCAACUGUAAUCCAGCGUGGAAGCGGCAAACGACCAGAAAAACAGGCUGAUGAUGAUUAUGAAAAUAAUCCUUCUGGAGCCCGGAACAAGAUCAGCAUGGCUGCAAUCUACCAGAGCCUGGACCACAAAACCAAUCAAUCAGAUUCAGUCUACCAGGGCCUAAACCCAAACACCAACCAAUCAGAUUCAGUUUACCAGAGCCUAAACCCAAACACCAGCCAAUCAGAUUCAGUUUACCAGAGCCUAAACCCAAACAUCAACCAAUCAGAUUCAGUCUACCAGAGCCUAAACCCCAACACCAACUGAUCAGAUGAGCCAGUCUACAUGAGCCUAAACCCCAACACCAUCCAAUCAGAUUAAGUUUAUCAGAGCCUAAACCCAAACAUAAACCAAUCAGAUUCAGUCUACCAGAGCCUAAACCCAAACACCAACCAAUCAGAUUCAGUUUACCAGAGCCUAAACCCAAACAUAAACCAAUCAGAUUCAGUCUACCAGAGCCUAAACCCAAACACCAACCAAUCAGAUUCAGUCUACCAGAGCCUAAACCCAAACAUAAACCAAUCAGAUUCAGUCUACCAGAACCUAAACCCCAACACCAACCAAUCAGAUUCAGUUUACCAGAGCUGAAAUCCCAACCAGAGCUGAAAUCCCAACCAGAGCUGAAAUCCCAAUACUUACAGAGCUAAACCCAGAUUCAUGUGUCUAAACCCUUCAAAAUACUGCAACAAUAAUUUGCAGUUAUAUUUUGCGAUGAUCAUGAUGAAAAUAUUAGACACUGCCUUUUCAUUCUAAUCCAUGUUAGGAAAUCUGAAGAAACCUGUUUAACUCAACUUCAGUUCUGUAAACUUUAUCUAUGCAUUCAAUCAAGUUAAGUUAUAGAUUAUUGCUUUCAAAAAUAUUUGGUGAAUUUAUUUACAAAAUAACUUUAUUUCAUAAUUAAUGUGUUUCUUGCUAGAGCUUAAGUUACAUUUCAGUCUUUGCAUAAGUCAUGAUGUGCUUAUUUACUGUAAUAUUGGUUCUCUGAAUGUUAUGUACGCAUGUUUAAUGAAUAUAUGUAUUUGAAAUGAAUGUCAGUUGGAUGCAGAAGUGUUGUGUAAUUGUGUGAGUGUAAUUUUUCAGCAUUCAGUUCUGUGUUUGUGAUAAAUAAUGUGCUUUUGUAUUUCUCUGAAUGUAUUUUAAAUAGUUGAGCUUGUAUGAACUUGUAUGAAUUGGAUCUUCUUAAUUUGUCAUAUUGUAAAUCCAUCCAUCCAUCCAUUUUCUAAGCCGCUUCUCCGUCAGGAUCGCGGGGGGUGCUGGAGCCU